AUGUCCCAAAUCUCAGCCGCUCCGCCCACCGACGACGCAGAUAUCCCACCCGAAGCGCCUACAGCGACCGACGAAGAACCGAAAUCCGAGACGCCACCAGACAUCGACAACGACAUUCAACAUACCCCUCAAAACAGACGCAUUGCUAACUACCAUAUCUACUCCAUGGGGGGCUACCCCGACGUCUUCGUCGAAGAAUUCAUGGGAUGGAAUAAUGCUACAAGUAAAUCAUUUAGAUUGAAAGAACCUUCCGAGACGAGGGUGUCGUGCUUGGUCGGCAUGGCCAGCAAGCCUGAGAGCGGGAUGAACAAGGACUGGCAAUUUGCUCUCUCAGGCUGGCCGCCAGUACGCAAUGGGGAUGAAAUCCAGUCUCUAGACUUUGAGGACACGCAUAGCCACCGCGACGCGGAGAGUCAGCUUGGACCCGACAGCUGUAUCUAUUUCAGAGGGAAGCCAAUCGUCCCGCGACAAAAACGACGAAAGGUGGACUUUGCCAACGUCCAAAGCUUUACUGAACACAAAGCGAACGAUAAAAUGGACGCGUUCGUCGACGGCGGCGAUGAGGACUACGACGGCGAGGCAUAUUACGUGAUGUCGGGCUAUUCGAAGCGUGAAGGAGAUGCAGGAGAGGACGAGAAGGAGGGCGACGGUGAAGAAGAAAGGGAGACGGUAACGAGCGAACGGCCGUAUAUCGCUGAUUCUCCCACUGCUCAUGUCGAUGCGGAGGGGGGAGAGGCUCACCCUGAGGUGAAGGACGAUGCGGAGCCAACACCGUCUGAAAACUAUCCUUUCGAGAACGACACGAUCCAAGGUCGAAGCACCCGAGGACAGAUUGCAAGCUACGCCGGGGUGACGAUGGCGAUGCAGUUUAGGUCCCAUUUAUUCAGCGUUCUCGUGUGCGGUAGAUAUGCUCGUUUCAUUCGCUGGGAUCGUUCCUGCGCCAUUGUUACUCGCCGCUUCGACUAUACGACGCACCCGCUCAUCCUAUUCGACUUCUACAAACGCUUCGCUCAACUCGACGACGUCCAACGUGGGCUCUACCCCAACCUUCGUGAACUCAGCUGGGAAGCCGGAAUGAAAGCGGUGGAAAUGAUGCGAAAAUACGCAACAUCGUACUUCACCGGAGAGCACGCUGAUUUCUACAAGAAAGAAUCCAAUCCCAACCGGCUCCCGCUGCUAUCCUUGGUUUUUGGCGAUGACACCUAUGUUGUUCCGGCACCUUGCUUCGAUGGUGCGAUGUACUCCCCGUUCGGUCGCUGCACGCGCAAUCGGGCGGUCGUUCUUCUGAAGGAAAGAGAAAAUGUGAAGGAGGCGGAGGAUGGAACAUACGGGAAGCACGGACAAAUUCUGUAUCUCAAGGAGUACUGGCGCGACGAAUCCACGUUUACGAAGAAAGAGUCAGAGGUCUACAGGAUCCUAGAGGGGGCGAAGGUUACCUUCGUUGCGAAAAUGCAUGCUGGUGGAGAUCUCAUGACGGGCGACGAGGCGAUCGCCACCAUUGGCCACGAGUGGAAGUUGAAACCGUGGGUGCGAAAGCCUAGAAAGCUCAGAAUCAGACAUUUGGUGGCUCAUUUCAUCGUGCUCUCGACCCUCGGCCGCGACCUCGCAACGUUCAAGACAGCUCGGCAGUUGGUGACCUGCAUCGCCGAUGCUAUGGAUGCUCAUCAGCAAGCUUAUAAGCUAGGCAUCCUUCAUCGCGAUAUCAGUGCGGGAAACAUCCUCAUGACGCUCCAACCCGAAAAUCGCCGCGGUUUUCUUAUCGACUGGGACCACUGUAUCUUCUUGAACGAGGCCCUUAAAGAACGCACGGGGACCAGGGUCCAUCGCACUGGCACAUGGCAGUUUAUGUCUGCAAAUCUGACGCAAAACCCCAGCAAGGCAUCGCAUACGGUCGUCGACGAUCGCGAAUCGGCACUGCACGUGCUGACAUACAUGGCCUUGAAGCAUCUCAGGCACAAUUCUACGGAUGAGCAAGCCCUUAAAGGCAAAUUGCUCAUGUUCGAUGACUACAUCGCUCGGGUGGGCAAGCCCGACAUAGCCUCUGAUCACAAAGCGUGGUUCUUAACCAAUGGAGGUCCUGCGGUCCAGUUCGCCAUUCCUGCCGUAACAUUUCUCAUAAAAGCUCUCGCCAAAUUCUUUUCCCCGCGCUACAUUAAAGACUACAACGAGCCAAUUGAAGCACUCGAGCUCUUGUCCAAGGAGGAAUUGGCUGAGUACGAGGAAAAGAAGGAGCAACAUCGCCAAAAUUUGGCAAAAUUACUUGACCCCACCUCGGAUUUUGUGUACACAACGAUGCGCAAGUGGGCGGCGAAGAUGCCUGAACCACCCGACAACAUUAUUCAAUGGGUCGACAAUACGAAAGGACACGAGGGAUCAUUGAAACGCGCUGGUGAUCAUCUAGUUGGUGCGAGGGAGAAGAUGUCUCCGAGGUGGGAUGGACGAGUAUCCUUCAAAUCGGCGGACUCGCGCCCUUCCACCUCAUGA